CUCUUCCUCCUCAUUCCGCGCCUCCAGAGUACGCUGCGAAGCGAUUACCGCGUAUCUACUGCGAGCGUCGCUGAGAUCGGACCGCAUACGGCUCAUAGCAGUUAUCGCGAAGCGGAGGGUCCGUAUAUUGUGCGACUAUUGAGUGACCUAAUUUGAGGAUCCGUCUGUGCAGUUGUUUCUUUUGAACACGACUCUGCGAUUGGCUUCGACUUCUAGCCGUAUAUAUGAACUGGCUGGAGCAACCGCAAGAGGAGCGGACCGAGCUGUCGAAGAAACAUUCCCUCGACUCUACCAGCAAACCAGGAGAGGGAGGCACUCCGACGAAGCGCGGAACUGAGGAUAUGGCUACAUUGGUUAGAGCAGAACGUGAUCGGACAGAGAGCAAGGAACGUACUGUUACAUGUUACUUCAUGGCCAUUGCCGUGCUCCAGGGUUGCGUCAUUCAUCAAGUCCGGCACGACCUGGAGUCAUUCUAUUGGUUCCUCGUCUGGCUAGUCUUGCGGCACACCAAGCACACUCGUCCAUCGAAGGAGACGGCGUUGUCGGAUUUGUUCGACCAAGUCACAGUAAACGCCUGCCGGAUCAUGAAGGUGGGCUGGCUCUCCGUGGAGCCGCUCGGUGUCGAAGAUAACAAACCCCUCACGAACCUCCUUUCUCGAUUCACCGAAGUCUGCAAGAUGAACAAUGCCGGGCAGUCUUCGGUGCCGCUGACGUACGAACGUGUGCUGGACAUCUUUGAUGAAGCGCUCGCACGCGAGGACUGGCCGACAGACGACAAGGCGAUACCAUUUCCCCCCGCUGGCGACGCGAAACCACCGCGUCAAGCACGUCCCAAGGGCAGCCUGUCGAAUGCUCAGACUAGUGCAGAUGCUCGGCGUGGCCAAGCACGGGCUUUCGCGUCUCAAGCCAAUAGGUCAAGGAUGCCCCUUUAUCAAGCUAUCGCUCAUGCGCCAGGCCUGCGAGGAGCUGUGAGCAAGACUGCAGUCCUCGUCCUCCAGCCGCAUUUCCCAAGACAGCAUUCAAGUACAAUUACAAGGGCACUGAUGUUGGCAUCUGGUGAAGGUGAUGACCAUGCUGGCGUACCUGCUUAUGAAGAACAUCAAGAAGGUUCAAGCCAUAUUUCCAUACAAUACCUGGCCCAUGGAGUAUCCAAUGUCGUUAUGCCACAUGCCGCGUCCGAGGCUGUAGUGGAACCUGGCUCGCUCUCGGUCCUACAGCGGUCAAGGGCGAGCCCGCGCGUCCUAACGCCUGAGCCAUGGGGCACGCCUCUUCCUCUGGUGACGAGUCAAUUCCGGGCGGCCUUACUUGAACCAGAUAGCCUACCUCUUGCUCACGGUGAGGCCUCGUCACACGCUCGUCCCUCUUCCUCAGAGACCAUGGAUGUUCCAACCCGAGGAUCUGAUACUGGACGGAAAAGGUCGCACGAGGACCUAGGGAAGAAUGAAGAGGAACCUGGGCCUUCUAAGCGUUCGAGGACUCAUGGCCAAAAAUAAUCUCGCCGUUAAGCUACUCGCAGGCGGUCACGCACGUCUUAGCACUAGACGUCCGGGAACUAUA